AUGAACAAACCUCACAGAACUAGCGCCGCAGCGACGUUCGCUGAAAUAGAACUUCCUCUUCAAGAUAGAAAGCUUAGUGAUUUACUUCCAAAUGAUUUUAUCAGACAAAUUGGUUUUGAUCCAGAAAGUUUAAUUUUCAAUACACCAGAUGUUUCAAGAUUUAAGCGCCGAGCAACAGAUCCUUGUUUAGUACAAUUUAACAGAUCGAAACCGAGUUCAAGAAGAAAUUCUCAGUAUGAUAGUUAUCUUAUUAUGGAUAAUACAGGAAAGAGUCUAUUUGAAAUUGCCAAAAAAGGCGAAGUACUUGAAUGCUAUUUAGUCGAGUUAUCAGAUGUUACAGUAGAUGCAUUUGCAAUUAAACAUUUAUCCCAGCACGCAACAGAUAGCGUUUUUGUACGCGAUGGACCGUUUUUACGUCUAGGAAAAAUCCUCAAAAGGAUAAAAACAGAUGAAUGCGAUAAAGAAGCUUUACAAAUCAUUUAUCAUGACGAAGACGGUUCAAUCAACGAUUAUUUCGGAAGCUUAACCCAAAUUGUUUCAUCUGUCGCACCUGCUUUCGCUGUACAAUGUAAUUGUACUCUGAAAAUUUUAGACGUUGAAUUCGUUUCUUACCAAGCUAGAGUUCUUAUACGCACUAAAGUGGAUAAUGUUUCAGAUCCUAUGCUUGCUGAACUCCUUCAAAAGCUUAUUACAGUAUUUAUGUGCCCUGUAGAAAUUUAUUCUGAUUUAUAA